AUGUUCAAGUCGAAAAGGUCGCUGGUCGCGUUGUUAUGUGCAUUGGUGGUUCUUUUUCUGGCGUUGGCCGAGGCUGCUCCUCGCAACGGGAAUAAUGGCAAUAGUAACAGUAUUGGAGGCAAUGGGAAAGGCAAUGGGAAUGGCAAGGGAGGCAACGGAAACGGCAAUGGAGGCGGUGGUAACGGCAACGGAGGAAAUGGAGGUGGUAACAGAGGCAACGGAAACGGCAACGGAAACGGCAACGGAAAUAAUGGCAACGGAAAUAAUGGUAACGGCAACAAUGGUAACGGCAACAAUGGUAACGGCAACAAUGGUAACGGCAACAAUGGCAACGGGAAGGGCAACGGGAAGGGCAAAGGAAAUGGAAAUGGCAAUGGAGGCAACAAUAAUGGACAGCAGCUCACUCCGCAAGAAAAGGCAGCUCAGGAGCCCGAUGGCAUAUCCGAGGCUAACGAUGGCUCUACUAUACUUGACAUGACCGUCAAUAUCAGGCAACUUCCCAUCCGCUUCAGGGUCAGCGCUCCCGCCGACCAGUUCACCCAGGAUUCGGGCGUGCCUGGCGGGCAAGCCGCGCCCAACACCGACGGCAACAUGGGCAUCAACGUGCUUCUCCAUGGUGACGGCGGGCAGUCCUUCUUCGCGUAUCCUAACCAGGGCGUCAAAUCGAACCUGAUGGGCGUCGCGGUGCUCGCGCCGGACGAGGACCUGAAAUGGGGCAGCGGCGACCGCAAGGGCGUGCAGCGGCCCAACGGCGCCGAGCACUCUGCAGCCGUUGAUGAACUCAUCACCGACGUGCUCCCCCAGAUGGUGGCCUUUAACCGGUCCAACGUCUUCUUCACCGGCGUCAGCGGCGGCUCCCUCACGCUCUCGGGCUUCUUCAUGCCCACCUUCAUGGGCAACUACACCAACGCCGGCGUGCUGCUGUCGUGCGGCGCGCUGGAGCCGCAGGUCCCGUUUGAGCCGCAGGCGGCGGCCGCGCUCGCCAACACGCGCAUCCACCUGCAGUCGACGUUCAACGAGCUCGACUUCUUGCAGCCGCUGAUCCCGCAGUCGCUGGCGGCGUAUGAGCGCGAGGCGAGGGACCAGGGCCUGUCGAACAACCAGAUUGGCGCGCUGCAGACGGUGGACAAUACGCCAAAGGGCGGCCACUGCGCGUUUGACGAGCAGGACUUUGGAACUGGUGUGCAGCUCAUGGCGGACAGCUUUGCCAACAUUAUGCUCGACGGCGGCAACGGACGGCUGGGUAACGCGGUCAAAGUUUUGAAGCCUGUCGUUGGAAACGAAAAUCCAGACUUUGGCAAGGGCAGCCGCAAGUAG